AUGUCGCCUCUGCUACUCAGUCCACGGUCCCUGCAUCUCCAGCACCCGUCAGCGUGCCUGCGGAGUACCACCGUGCGCGCCUCACACGGUGCUCUCAUAACAUGCGGCUCCGGGCCGCAGCAGUCCCCGAAGAGCAGUCCGAAAUCGCGCUCCCCUAAAAGCCCCUCCGCAGUCCGCAACGGACGGGCGUUUCAAGCUCCCACGUUCCUUCUCUCUUCUUCCUCCUCCCUUCUUCAUGCCUACCCCUCCUCUCCUCGCAACCUCGACACCAAACCGCUUCUUUCCGGCGUCACCACCGCCGCCGUUAUUGGCGGCAAUGGCGGAUACGGCGGCACAGGCGGCACUCGGAAACCCGCUCUGGGCUUCAAGGUUAGCGAAUUCACCGGCUCGCAUCUUUCGGAGAGUCUUCCCCGCGUUCUCCGCGGAUCCGCCGCCGUGGCCGCUUCGUCCCCUGCACGCAACGACGUCCUUGCGGCUGUGGGCGGAAGCCAUGGAAGAGGAUCGGCGCGGUGCGCGGAGGGGCGGCGAAGAGGCGCUUCCGCCGGUGCGGGUUUAGGCGCGCGCGGUGGAGUGCGCAAGGUGGCGCGGAGGAGGAGCAGGACCUGUGCAACGCAGGCGGAAGAGGCGCAGGGGAAGGGGGCGGGAAGGGGGUUCAGUGCGCGCGUGCUGGUGGACGCGGGUGCUCUCGACGAGACGAGAUUCCGCGCAUUGCGCAAGAGGCGGAUCGUAUUCGGGCACGAUGACUGGAAGAGGCACGCGUCAUCGUUCCGCCACAACCGCCACUUCCGCAACCUCCUCCGCUCUAACGUCGUUGGCGCCGUCACCCCGCCCGCGCUCACCGUCGCCGCCGUCGCCGCCGCCGUUACCGCGUGGAACACGCUGGUUGCGGGGAAUCCGGCGGAACUCGCGCCGUUGGGGACGGUGGCGGCGACGGUGGCGGCGGGGGCGGCGGCGGCGGGGGCGGGAGGCGCAGAGGGUGCGGCGGGAGCGGGGGAGCUCCUCCCGCUGCUGCACAUGAAUCUGCUGCCGUUCAGCCUUACGGUUCCCGCGCUGUCGUUCCUGCUCGUGUUCCGCACUAACUCGUGCUAUGGGCGCUUCGACGAGGUACGCGCGUGGAUUGGGGAGGGGUGGCGCCGCAUGGUGGGGAAGGGGGAAGUGGGGGGGGAAAGGGUGGGGGGGGGGGAGGGUUGGGGGAGCGGAAAGGUGGUGGGCUUGGCGGCGCGCAAGAUGUGGGGGUUGAUGCUCAACCGCACCCGAGACAUCUCCCGCCAGGCGCUCUGCUACAUGGGCCGAGACACGCCCCUGCCUCUCCCUCCUCCCUCCGCCCUCCCUGCUUCUGCCAACGCCGAUGCUGCUCCUGCUGCCGGGACUGGUGCCCCGGGUGGUCCUAGUGGUACUGUCAAGGCCAAUGGCAAACCUGUGGGGCUAGUAAAUGGGCAGGUAAACGGACGGGUAAACGGGCAGGUGAACGGGCAUAUCAACGGGCAGGUGAACGGGCAUGUGAACAGGCAGGUGAGCGGACAUGUGAACGGACAGGUGAACGGGCAGGUGAACGGGCAGGUGAACGGGAAGGUGAAUGGGAAGGUGAAUGGGAAGGCGAACGGACAGGUGAACGGGCAUAUUAAUGGAAUGGUGAACGCAGCAAUGCAUGGGCUUACUGUGGGAGGGACGAAGGCGAAAGCACAGGAGACAGGGACAGCAGCAGCAGCAGCAGCAGCAGCAGCAGGGGCGGCAGCAGGGGCGGCAGCAGGGGGGGCAGCAGGGUUGGCGGCACGGGCGCGCGAUGAGAGGAGAAGGGAGCGGUUCCUGCGGCACGUGCAGGCGUUCCCUCUGGUGUGCAAGCACCACUUCGUCGCCGAGGGCAGCCUUGAGGCGGACCUGCUGGAGCACACGACGCUGGGGGCGAGGGAGGUGGAGGGCGUGUUGGGAGCGGUGCAUCGCCCCAACUACGUGCUGCAGGUGCUGGCCGAGUGCAUGCGCUCCUGCGCCUCCCUGCACCCCAUGCACCGCCUUGCCAUGGUGAGCGCCACACCCCCCCCAUCCUGUUGCGGCUGCUGGUGCUAA